AUGGCAACCAGCUUCGUCGCCGAUCGCCCCUUGCAAGGUCGCAAGAAAUAUUUAGGAGAUUUAGCGAACUUGGGAGAGGUAUCAAGCCGAGGAGGCCUUCAAUUCAGCGGAUUUAGAAUUGCCGACCUGCGCGUAGGAGAUGAUGAAGGCGCGUUCCGGUGCCACAUAUUAGACGAACAGGAUGAACGUAUUGUGUCCCUAGACUUCUUGAUUUCCGAUACAUCCGAAUAUCCCCAUAAUCAUACGUUUUUCUGCCAUUCGGUAGAUGAAGAUGCCCCUUCAGAGGUCUUACAGACGAUCGCUGAGCUCCCAGAAGAUGGCUCACGCUCGAUAGAAGAGAUGCUUAAACGUCUUUUGGGAAAUAUGACAAAGGUUCGGCUGGGCAGUGACUCUAUACUUCAAGAUGAAGAUGAGGGCGAGGAUGUGGAAUAUGACUAUGAUGAGUUUGACGAUCACUCCGAUGCUGGUUUUGGGAUUUUUUCCACUGACAGGAACGCCAUCGACGUCAAGCUUCUUCAGCAUGACUUCGUUGAUAUCGUAGGAUUCGAUUACAGACCAGGAUUCAUACAGUUUGGCGUAGAUGAAUUCGCCAUAUCUGUAGCGCUUCCCGUCAUUGCGCUCACCCGCCACAUUCCUCCUCGAGCUCUGAUGGCAUGGGAUCGCAGGCUCCUAUCGAAGACGCAACAUCUAACUCUGCUCAUACACGGGUUCCGUGGAAUGUACCCUAUCCUACAGCCCGAUGGGUCGAUGAGUGUUGCAACAGAAACGCGAGGUGUCUCACCGCAAUUUAGAGUAGGUCUCACCGCCAACUACAAACCAAAGAAGGAACAUGUAGUCGAUGCUGUACGUCUCUUCGGGCUGCAAGUUCGUACGGAGGCAUCCCCACAAAGAGAACCACCUCUGGAUCCCCCCUUGGAUACGGAGAGAAGACUUGAUCAUGAGCUUGAGAGAUCGACAUUCCAAUCGUUUAGCUUAAGCUCUUCGCUGGAGACACUGCUCAAAGACCACUUUUUUGAUGUGCUACGAUUAAGGCUAAAGUAUGAUGAUCUAGGAUGGGCGGGUGCGGAAGUUCUUUGCUGGGAGGCGAAGCGGCAGCAGUCGAAGCCACAAGAUGUCAUAAAACUUUUGCGACAGCAAAUCAAGGGAGCAGAUGAUGCAGAGGAAGAGCUCUCGCGGAGCUACAACCUGCCUCCUGACCCUCUGCUCGUUCGCGACAGAGAGAGUCAUCUGAACCUUCCCUUAAUCGCGUUCUCGUAUCUCUUCCGGCGCCUGAUGUUGUGCUCGCGCUAUUGUAUCGUAUGCCACAAUAAGUUGAGCACAGACUACGAGGCACUCAAACCGUACCUGUGCGAUAACAAACUUUGCACAUAUCAGUAUUACAGUUUGAACCAGGGCCCCUCACUAGAGUACGAGAUCUGCACCAAUCCCGAGACGGUAGAUCUUUUGGUGUCGCUGGCUUAUACUUCCGCAGUGAAGAAUGAGCUUGACGACCCGCUUCCGGUCGGGAUGGGUCUCUGCGUUCCUCAUCCAGAUCCAACUCCUCUUCGCGCCCCAAAUAACGUGUGCGAUUUCGAUACAUUGGAUAAAAAUCAGAUGCGCCGCGCGAUCGUUAAACUUCUUGAUAAGCUGCCACCGAUUGCAGAUAUGAAAAACCAUCUCGAAAAACCGGUAGCUGCAGGCAAUGCAAAACCGAAGCUAAAAGACAUUGAUACAUCUAUACCGGAUGCCGCUUGGUCGAUUCUCAGAUGGUGCGUCGCGUCUUGUACGGCUCAUUUGGAAGAAGUACGUGACCCAGAGGACCGUAUCCGCAACAUCGAUCCCUCAUGGAGACAGUUCAGAUUUACCGUCGGAGCUCCGGAUGCGGAAGCUAUAUUCAAGAAAGAAGUAGCGCUAUCCCAAAGUCAAGAUUUCAACGCACAGAAAUACCCAUCUCUUUACGCUUUCCAUGGCUCCCCUGUGGAGAAUUGGCAUUCUAUCAUCCGGCACGGGCUGUGGUUCAAAAAGACCGUUCAUGGACGGGCCCACGGACACGGUGUCUACUUCGCGAAGGAUGGCAGCUUAUCUAUGGGAUCCUAUGCCAGAACGAGUGAUAUAUGGUGGCCAGGUAGUACCAUUGGUGUCCACCAGUGUGCUGCGCUGGCGGAGAUCGUCAAUCUACCUUCCCAGUUUGUCAGCCAGCAACCCUUCUUCGUCGUGUCUCAAACGCAUUGGAUAGUCUGCCGAUACCUCCUUGUCAAAGCGUCAACUCUAAACAGCGAAGCCGGAGGCGACGCAGUGCCAGAUCUCGAUCAGAUCCCAUGGGUCUCUCUCGACCCAAAACAUCCACUCACGCUGUCACAAAAGUGGAUCCAGAUCCCUGAACCAUCUUACAAGAUCGAGAGGCUGCUCGCCAAACGGCAGGAGGAAUAUUUUGAAGUGGGCCCUGACAGCGACGACGUGUGCGUGUUUAAUGGCACACUUCCCUCAUUGCCGGACAGGCCGAUAGUGCCCACCCCUCCACCACGAGAUGUAGAUGAGUGGACGCACGACCCCGAGUGGGUAAGUGCAACGGUGCAACACAUGCUGCCCCCGCCGGACGAGGCGUUUCCACAAGCAACAAUGGCGCUGCAGCGGGAACUGCGGACGAUGCUUAGAGAGCAAGAGCAGGCGCAGAGCUUGCGGGAAUUGGGGUGGUACAUGCCGCCCGAAUUUGUAGGUGACAAUCUGUUCCAGUGGAUUGUGGAGGUGCAUUCGUUCGAGAAGGAUUUGCCCGUCGCGAAAGACAUGAAGCAGCAUGGUGUCAAUUCGCUCGUGUUUGAGAUACGGUUUCCACCAUCUUUCCCUCACGCGCCUCCGUUCUUCCGCAUUCUAAAGCCAAGAUUUCUACCUUUCGUUCGGGGUGGUGGAGGCCACGUCACUGGAGGUGGGUCGAUGUGUAUGGACUUACUGACUGCAGACGGCUGGUUACCGAGCUACAGCAUCUCGGCGAUCAUUUUACAAAUCAAGCUUGCCAUAUCAAACCUCGACCCGAGGCCUGCUAGGUUGGAUGAAAAUUGGGAUAGGCCAUAUGAAAUGUACGAAGCUAUUGAGGGAUUUAAGAGGGCGGCAAGAACACACGGUUGGAAGAUACCAGCUGGGUUGGAGCGGCUCGCUUAUUAG